AUGAGAAAGAGUAGCAAAUGGAUAAAGAAUUUCUUGAGUGGGAAUUAUAAGAAAGACAAAGACAAUAAUAAUAAGGAGAAGCUCCGGCGAGGCUCCGGCCAGCCGUCGCCGGCCGCCGCCACGCCGCGGCUGUCGGCGUCCGUCGAGGGUAGCACUCAUGAAUGUGAUUGUGACUCCAAAAAACAUGCAUUGGCUGUUGCCGCCGCCACCGUGGCGGCCGCCGAUGCUGCGGUGACUGCCGCUAGGGCGGUGAUUCGACUGACAGCAGCUUCGGUUCCCGAGAGGACGAACGCCGAGGAAUCUGCCGCGAUCAAGAUUCAAUCGAUUUUUCGGGCAUUUUUGGCAAGAAAAGCGCUCAAAGCAUUGCGAGGAUUAGUAAAAUUACAAGCGCUUGUAAGAGGACAUUUGGUGAGAAAACACACAAGUGCGGCAUUUAAGUGUUUACAAGCAUUAGUGAAAGUUCAAGCUCGAGCUCGAGUUCAAAAACAACUUCAAAUCAAAGGAAGCCACCAUGAGAAAAUCAAAGUCGUUAAGGCAAAUUCAAGCAACCACAAGUUAGUAAAAAAUGGUCGAAACAUUCGUUCUAUCAACUUAAACAUAAAUAAACCACAACACAUAAUCGCCAUCCAAACUUCAUCUAGUGAGAAAAACCAAAACAUCAUUUUCCAAACACCGUCCUCAGAACCCCCUAAAAGUCCUAAAACGACCCCCAAAAGUCCUAAAACAACCGGCCAUUAUGUACUCGACAAUUCAUCCAACCCUAGAUUAGUUAGCCCGCGUUGCCCGUUGACCUCAAACAAAACGGAUUCAAAAUCGAGGCUCCCAUUGACCUUAUUUAUGCCCGAGUGUGGGGAAUCACUUAACCAUGGUUACAACUUUGGUCCCAACUACAUGGCAAAGACGAAGUCCUCACAAGCCAAAGCCCGGUCUCAUAGUGCCCCAAAGCUACAAACUCCAGAGACAUCUGAGAAGCAAAUGUGCCGAGGGAGAAAUGUUGCGAAAGAGAUAAGGAUAAAGAGAUCAAUUUCUUUUAAAGGGUAG